CGGUGGCGGCGGUUGCCAGGGCGACGGGAGCUUCCCCAGGGCGCUGGGGCUGGUGACUGGAGACGCAGACGCGCUUAGCUGUGGCGGGCCUCGAAGGCGGCGGGCAGCCUCUCGGGGUUCCCACGAUGUUCUUCUAUCUGAGCAAGAAAAUUGCCAUUCCCAACAACGUCAAGUUGAAGUGCAUAUCCUGGAACAAGGACCAAGGGUUCAUAGCAUGCGGUGGUGAAGAUGGAUUACUGAAAGUUUUGAAAUUAGAGACACAGACAGAUGAUGCAAAACUGAAGGGUCUCGCAGUUCCUAGUAACCUGUCCAUGAAUCAGACUCUGGAAGGUCAUAGUGGUUCUGUUCAAGUUGUAACAUGGAAUGAACAGUAUCAGAAGUUGACUACCAGUGACCAAAAUGGGCUUAUCAUUGUGUGGAUGUUAUAUAAAGGCUCUUGGUAUGAGGAGAUGAUCAACAAUCGAAAUAAAUCAGUGGUUCGGAGUAUGAGCUGGAAUGCCGACGGGCAGAAGAUCUGCAUCGUGUAUGAAGAUGGCGCUGUGAUAGUUGGUUCCGUGGACGGGAAUCGUAUUUGGGGAAAAGACCUGAAGGGCAUACAGCUGUGCCAUGUAGCAUGGUCUGCGGAUAGCAAAGUCUUACUUUUUGGAAUGGCAAAUGGGGAAAUACAUGUUUAUGAUAAUCAAGGGAAUUUUAUAGCAAAAAUGAAACUGAAUUGUUUGGUGAAUGUUACUGGAGCAAUCAGUAUUGCUGGAAUUCACUGGUACCAUGGAACAGAGGGCUAUGUGGAGCCUGAUUGCCCUUGCCUUGCUAUUUGUUUUGACAAUGGAAGGUGCCAAAUAAUGAGACAUCAGAAUGACCAAAACCCGGUUCUGAUCGACACUGGCAUGUAUGUGGUGAGCAUCCAGUGGAACCAUAUUGGCAGUGUGCUGGCCGUGGCGGGCACCCAGAAGGCAGUCACCCAGGAUAAAGAUGUCAACAUUGUGCAGUUUUAUACUCCAUUUGGGGAGCAUCUGGGUACUUUGAAAGUUCCUGGAAAACAGAUGUCUGCACUGUCUUGGGAAGGAGGUGGACUGAAAAUUGCACUAGCUGUUGAUUCCUAUAUAUAUUUUGCAAAUAUUCGACCUGAUUAUAAGUGGGGUUACUGCUCAAACACUGUAGUUUAUGCAUACACCAGACCUGACCGCCCGGAGUACUGUGUUGUCUUUUGGGAUACGAAAAACAAUGAGAAAUAUGUUAAAUAUGUGAAGAGUCUAAUUUCUAUCACCACCUGUGGUGAUUUCUGUGUUUUGGCUAAGAAGGCUGAUGAAAACCACCCCCAGUUUGUGCUCGUUCUUUGUAACUCUAUUGGUACACCCUUGGAUCCUAAGUACAUUGACAUUGUACCAUUAUUUGUUACAAUGACAAAAACCCAUGUGAUAGCAGCUUCAAAAGAAGCAUUUUAUACCUGGCAGUAUCGUGUGGCAAAGAAACUCACAGCAUUGGAGAUUAAUCAGAUCACACGGUCUCGAAAAGAAGGAAGAGAAAGAAUUUAUCAUGUCGAUGAUACUCCUUCUGGAUCCGUGGAUGGGGUGCUUGAUUAUAGUAAAGCCAUUCAAGGCACAAGGGAUCCAAUUUGUGCCAUAACCGCAUUUGAUAGGACAUUGAUUGUGGGUCGUGAAUCUGGCACCAUUCAGAGAUACAGUCUUCCUAACGUUGGUUUGAUUCAAAAAUACUCCCUUAAUUGUCGAGCCUAUCAGUUAUCCUUGAAUUGCAACUCUAGUCGUCUGGCUAUCAUCGACGUCUCAGGUGUGCUGACCUUCUUUGACUUGGACGCUCGAGUAACAGACAGCACAGGACAGCAAGUCGUUGGCGAGUUGUUAAAACUGGAGAGAAAAGAUGUCUGGGAUAUGAAAUGGGCUAAGGACAAUCCUGAUUUGUUUGCAAUGAUGGAGAAGACAAGAAUGUAUGUGUUCAGAAACUUGGAUCCUGAGGAACCCAUUCAGACCUCUGGGUAUAUUUGUAACUUUGAGGAUUUAGAAAUUAAGCUUGUUCUUUUGGAUGAGAUAUUGAAGAAUGCAGACCUUCCAAACAAGGAUUAUAUAAUUAACUUUGAGAUUCGGUCCCUGCGAGAUAGCCGAGCAUUGAUUGAGAUGGUUGGAAUCGAAGAUGCGUCUCAGUUCAUAGAGGACAAUCCACACCCCCGACUUUGGCGCCUACUAGCUGAGGCUGCUCUUCAGAAACUAGACUUGUACACCGCAGAGCAGGCCUUUGUGCGCUGCAAAGAUUACCAAGGCAUUAAGUUUGUGAAGCGCCUGGGCAACCUGCAGACCGAGUCCAUGAAGCAGGCUGAAGUCGUCGCCUACUUCGGCAGGUUCGAGGAGGCUGAGCGGAUGUAUCUUGAUAUGGACAGAAGGGAUCUCGCUAUUGGUCUCCGGCUGAAACUAGGAGACUGGUUUAGAGUACUCCAACUCCUGAAAACUGGGUCUGGUGAUGCGGACGACAGUCUCCUUGAGCAAGCCCACAACGCCAUUGGAGACUACUUUGCUGAUCGACAGAAGUGGUUGAAUGCUGUACAAUAUUACGUACAAGGCCGGAACCAGGAGCGCUUAGCUGAAUGUUAUUAUAUGUUAGAAGACUAUGAGGGAUUAGAGAAUCUUGCCAAUUCACUUCCAGAGAACCACAAGCUGCUUCCAGAAAUAGCACAAAUGUUUGUGAGAGUUGGAAUGUGUGAACAAGCAGUGGCCGCGUUUUUGAAAUGUAAUCAACCAAAGGCAGCGGUGGAUAGCUGUGUACAUCUCAACCAAUGGAACAAAGCUGUUGAGUUGGCUAAGAGUCAUAGUAUGAAAGAAAUUGGGCCCCUGUUAGCUAGGUACGCAUCUCACUUACUGGAGAAGAACAAAACUCUUGAUGCCAUAGAGCUCUAUCGGAAAGCCAAUUAUUUUUUCGAUGCCGCUAAACUGAUGUUUAAGAUUGCCGAUGAAGAGGCCAAGAAAAGAACUAAACCCUUGCGUGUUAAGAAGCUGUAUGUUCUCGCAGCGUUACUUAUAGAGCAAUACCAUGAACAAGUGAAAAAUGCCCAACGAGGAAAAGUUCAAGGAAAGAAUUCAGAGGCCACUUCUGCACUGGCUGGUUUGCUGGAAGAGGAGGUUCUGUCUCCAGCUGGUCGUCUCACAGACAAUGCGUGGAGAGGGGCGGAGGCGUACCACUUCUUCAUUCUCGCACAGAGGCAGCUCUACGAGGGCUACGCUGACACCGCAUUGAAGACAGCUCUUCACCUGAGAGACUAUGAAGACAUCAUCCCUGCUGUCGAGAUCUACUCUCUGCUAGCACUCUGCGCCUGCGCCAGUAGAGCUUUUGGUACUUGUUCCAAAGCCUUUAUUAAACUUGAAUCUUUAGAGACCCUCAGUUCAGAGCAGAAGCAGCAGUAUGAAGAUCUUGCUCUGGAAAUCUUCACCAAACACACUCCGAAAGAUAACAGGAAGUCGGAACUGGACAGCCUUCUUGAAGGCGGAGAAGGAAAACUACCAACAUGCAUUGCCACAGGAAGCCCCAUUACUGAGUAUCAGUUCUGGAUGUGCAGCGUAUGCAAGCACUGCGUUCUUGCCCAGGAAAUACGCAACUACAACUUCUGUCCGCUGUGCCACAGUUCGGUGGGCUAAAGAAGUGAUGAACUAUAUAUAUCAUUGUGAAAAACAUGUAGCAUAUGUAAUAUGUAAAUGUGUAUGAAGGUUGAUUUUCAUAAGUUCUAUAUUUUGUAGUUAUAUUUUUAUAGAAUAUAUAUAUAAUGAAUAAAAUGCAGCUACUUAUAGAAAUACAGCUAUGAAAUAAUAAGGCUGAUUUUUAUAUAAAAUAUAUGGAAAUCAAUCUUAUUUUCUAUCUCUAUUAUUUUUCUAUAUAUGAUCUGUCUUGUAGUUGGUUAUGUGAUUCCAGGAAAAUAUUCCAAAUAAGAAAUGUUUUUUCCUAUAGUUUCAAGGUUACUGAUUUAUUAAAACAUCUUGGGAGUUGGGGAUUAAGGAGGUAUGGGAAGGGGCAGAGUUGAACUCAGGGAGUUGACAUCGGCCGUAUUAGCAAGAGGUCAAGCUAUUGUAGUGUUGAAAUGAGCACUUUCUAGCUGAAUUUACUUUAAAUAUUGACUGUCUUCUAUAUUUUUCUUAUCAGAAGUGAGGAGAUAGCAUUGUAAGAACAUUUUUAUAAUUUGUAUUUUUUUAAAGCCUUAUUCUUCAUCCUUUAAAAAAACCUAUCCUUUUAGCCUUAUUCAAGAGGUAGAAGUUGAUAGUUACUCUUUCAUUCCAUUGUGCAGAAAACUGGGCUGCACAAUGGAAUCAAUACAGAAAUAUCCAUUUUGUAGGUACAAUUUCAGUUGAAACAUUGUCACCAGGUUGGACCCUUCUUGCUAUAGGAGUGGUUCUUGAAAAUAUCUGUUUUGAUUUAUUGUCAUUCAUGUAAAAGAGUUGUGAUAAAUAAUUGAUAAUUUCUGACUUCUCUUACAUAGCUACUAGUGUUCUCUUUUUAUUUUUUGUGAACUCACAUCCUCUCAUUUUGUAGCUCAAGACCAGACUUUAGCACUAUUUCAUCAAGAUUAGUUGCCUGGCUGAUAUUUAGUGGAGACAAUAAAUAAAGAAAAAUAUGCAGCAUUGCUGCUACAGCCACAGUACUAAGAUUAAUUUACUCUCUAAAUGUAGUAUGUUUCUGAUAGACAGUGAGCUCAUGUGCUGAUUAAAAUGAAAUCAGUCUUUGAAGUUUCUUUGUUCAUGUGUCUUGCAGGAAAUUACUGGUACAGUGGCAGCCUACAAAUAUGCUCCCAAGCAAUCGGUCGCAGAGGUCACAGGACAGACAGGUUCAUGAGAAUGCUCUAAAUGUGUUUUAUUGAACAGGUGACAUGCACAGAGAACACUGAGAAGGGGUGGUGGGUUGACUCUAUCGUGCAGCGUGCCAGGUACUGAGAACAGCACAGAAUGUGAAUCCUGGAUGAAGUGAUGCUCUGUGUCCUACCUCUCACUCGGUUGUGUCAGCCUCCCCCAGCGGGGAGUUAUGGAGAGAACCAGAGCUGAGGUUUGAGGCAGGGACUCAGUCAGACGGAGUGUGUCUUGAGGCCAGCAGCGCACACUUGCUCUACAGAAAAGGCUCAGGGGCAAGUACACCUGGCCAAGCUGUGGCUUGCCAGUUAGUCUGCUGAGCAGCCAUGGGCUUUGCAGGCAAGAAUAAGUAUGACCGAUGGAUAAUUGAGUCAAGACCUCACACACACUAAGGGCCUCGUAGGGGUCAAGCAUACUCAGUGUGUCAUAAAUAUUUUAGUGCCUUUGUUGCCUUUUGUAUUUUUCCUGCUUCAUGAAUAUGGGUAAUCUCUUGCUUUCUCUUUCUAUCUGUGGUCAUGCAUAUAUAUUCUAUUAACUGAUUCUAAAAUGUCUCAUAAGUUACUUAUCUAAAUAUAACACAAUGAAUUUCCUGUGUUCCUUUUGUUUUCUCUAUAGAAUAGAAUAUUUACGCUUAUCAAAAAUUAUAUUUUAACAAAGAGAUUGGCCCGAGAGACUCUUUUAUUGAACUUGAUUACAUUUUUCUAUAGGACUUUCUAUUUUUCUUUGCCUCAUCCAUGAAAGAGAAAUGUCCAGGGGUGUAGAGAUGGCUCACCUGGGUGAAGUGUCCUGCAGGACAUUUUGUUCAGAGCUGUGAUGUUUGCUCUUUGGCCUGAUGCCUGAAUAUCUUUUCUUCUUUUUUCCCUUUACUAGCCCAGGAAUCAGCUGAGAGCUCAUUAGAUUGUCACGCCACUAGCCCUUACUGUGAGCUUUUGAUUAUACUUCCAUUUGCUUGAAUCCAGAAUCAUCUGUUGACCCUCAAGCUUCUUCUAACCUCUUAUCACCAUAAAUCCUAUGACGCUUGAGCCUUAUAACUUUUCCUUUACCUAAUUAUUUCAAAUAGAUCUUGAGUUGCGGUAGAUGACCUUCUUGUUCAGUUUUGAUUUAGAAACCAAAAGCUCUUUAAAAAAAGUUCAUACCUUGUGUACCUGCUUAUCGUGUACAUGUAUGUGUACAUGUACAUGUAUGUGUACCUCUUUUAUACUAUAAAAAUUUAUGGCUCUUUGGGAUCCAUAUCUGUGGAAGUUUUAAUGAACUGCCAUAAUGUCUUUUGGACUUCUGUCAGAAAUGGUACUAGAGAGAAAACCCAUCCCACAGAAUGAAUUGAUCCUAUUGGUUUUAUUCAACAUGAAGGAAACUUCAAGAUAACAGACUAAUAAACUCUCCCCGACACAGAGAAGCAAAAAUGAUCUAUGUAAAACAAAUAGAGACAAAUUAGAUAGACAGAAUUAGGUAGUAUAUUGAAGAUAGCAUAAAGAAGCAGUUGUGUUUUCUCUCUUCAUUCAAUAAACGUGAAAUGGCUCACUUUGAAUAAUGCUGAGUUGUUCUUUAUCAUAAAACUUGCCUGGAAUUAUGUUAUAUUUCAAAGUAGUAUGGUAGACCAAGCUGUGGCAAUGAUGGAACCAGCUGAUAAAGCUGCACACACACAAUGUACCUAACAAGUAACACGCCCUGAGCAUUGUUGACUUGCUGUCAUUCACAGAUGCUAAUUUCCUUACGAAUUGUUCUACUGCAAUGCAUUUUGAAACGAUAUUUCUGUAUUUCCAGAGCUGAGAUCUUAGGUUUUAUGAGGUAUUAACUGAAAAAUAUGAAAAUAAAUCCUGAAGCAAAAAUGA